AUGCACGGCGUCAAACGCACGCCCAAGACGGCGACCACCGCCGAGGCACGCGCCGCACGCGCUGCCAAGGACGCCGCCAAGCUGCGCGCCUACCUCGACAUCGAGCGCACCUUCUUCGAGCACCGCCAGCAAGCGCGCAACGACGCCACGGCGCUCGCCCACACCACCACGCUGCUCACGCUCAAUCCCGAGCUGUACACGGUGUGGAACUAUCGCCGCGAUAUUCUGCUGCACACCUUUACGCAGCCUGUCGACGACGAUGCGCCUAGCGAAAAACCGGACGUGUUUGCUGCGCUGCGAACCGAUGCUGCGCAAUCUAGCACCAGCGCCGACGAGGCGAGGUUGGUGCGCAAUCGGCAGCUGCUGGACGACGAUUUGAGCCUCACGGAGCAUGCGCUGCGUGCGCAUCCCAAGGUAUACUGGAUCUGGAACCACCGCAUGUGGUGUCUGCGCCACUAUCCUGCGUUGUCCGCCGAUCCACAGUGGGCAUGGCGACGCGAGCUGCGGCUGGUGGAAAAGAUGCUCGAGCUCGACGCACGCAACUUUCACGGCUGGAACUGUCGUCGUGCGAUCAUCGACCACCUUGCACUUGGCGUCGUCUCGUCGGCUCACCCGCCUGCACUCGCCGGCGUGGAAUCGUCGCACGCGUCGCUGACUGCGCUGCUCACGCAUCCGGCCAUCGUUGCGGCGGAAACAGAUGCGGUGAGGGACGUCGAGAAGGAGCUGGUGCGGCUGGCCGAGGCGGAGCUGGCGUAUGCGCUGCGUCAGAUCGAGCGCAACUUUUCCAACUUUUCGGCGUGGCAUUUGCGCUCGCAGCUGCUGCCGUGCGUAUGGGCGGCGCAGAGGCUCACGCCGGAGCAGGAGGAGGCGCGCCUCGACAAGGAGCUCGAGCUGGUGCAGCAGGCCAUGUACACGGAUCCGGCGGAUCAGAGCGUGUGGUUCUACCACCGUUGGCUCGUCGAUCGCCUUACUACAUCGCCACCAGAGGAUACGGCGGGGCUAUGUGCAAAGCUCGCCAACGAGGUGCGCAGCAUCGACGAGCUGCACGAGCUCGAGCCCGACAGCAAGUGGUGCGCCAUCAGCCUCGCGCAUCUGCACACGCUGCUCGUGCAGCUCGACCCCACACGUGCAGACGAGCACCGCACAAGCGCAAAGCAGCUGCUCGAACGACUCGUCGAGCUGGAUCCUGACCGUGCGCAGCGCUACCGUGACUUGCUGGCGGGCCGAGCGCGGUUCUAG